AGUUUUUUAGCUGUUCUUUUUGUUUGUUGACGCUCUCAUUUCUGUCUUGGCUCUAAUUGGAGUUUUACGCGUCACUUUCUGCUCACGCACAGUUUAUGAGCUGUGUACUUUUGCCACAAGUGGAUCAAUUUACCCGACAUUUCAGAUUCAAUGAUCUUUUACGUGCCUGUGUCGUCCAAGUGGGAUUAGCGCCUUGAGAGUUUCUUCAAACUAACAUCGCACUCGCUGGCGCGCCCGUGCGCUUUUACGCACAACGAUGAGCUCGGAAAAGCCAAGCUUUCUAUCCCAGCCCGUGGUGAAAAACAUCUUCAUGUUCCGGAAUGGGGAUCCAUAUUACGAGGCACGUCGGAUUGUCGUGAACGAGAAGAGGGUGUGCAAUUUUGAAACCCUGCUGCGGGAAGUGACCGGCGGGAUUCAGGCUCCGUUUGGAGCGGUGAGAACCAUCUACACACCGAGAGGAGGUCACAAAGUUGACUGCAUGGAGAGCCUGCAUAGCGGGGAGCAGUACGUGGCUGCAGGAAGAGAGAGAUUCAAAAGGCUGGAUUAUGUGCAGAUUGGCACCAGAAAGAAGAGGAUGAUGCAGACUUUAACCACACCGACUAAACCUCUGCCCCCCAAUCGAAUAAGUGUGUCUGCUCGUUUCCUGAAGCCCAUCAAGGAACCAUGUCCAAUAUUUGUGGUGGCGAAUGGUGACAUCUUGAACCCUGCAAUGAGGCUGCUGAUCCACCAGAGGAUGCUGGGGCAGUUUGACAGGAUUCUGGAAAUGAUCACAGAGAAGAUGGGGCUGAGAGUGCUGGGAGGAGUGCGAAGUCUUUACACUUGUGAAGGCCUCCAGGUAACCGAUGGGGAGAAGUUGGAGAGCGGUCAGCUUUAUGUGGCUGUGGGAAGAGAAAGAUUCAAGAAACUUCUAUACAGUGACCUUCUUUUCUCCAAACCAAGAGGGGCGAGGAUAAACAGAGGGAGGAAGACAUACUCUCUCCCACCUCUGUACAGAUUUUCAAACUCAAAGCAAAGUGGAAAUAGUAAGUCAGAGGUUCCCAGCAGUAACAGUGAGGAUCGAGAUUUUAGGACGUCUCCUUUGGGCCUCAGCAACACCAGCAAGGAACAUCUGUCGUCUAUUGUGAGGGAGAUCUCCCAGUCAAAGCUGCUCUCCCUCAGGAAGAGGAAGAGCGGACAAAGCUUCAACCCCUAUCCAUGCGAUGAUGACAAUUCAGAAUCCAAGGUCAAUGAUGGAAGCGCAGAUUACAAAAUUCAGCAGGACCGGGAAGCUGUGGAGGAACUUGAUGGUGAUGUUAAAGCCACAGAAGCCAUCAGUGAAAAAGAAGAAGUUGCUUCUGAAAACACAGAAGUGCCCCCACUAAGCAAUGGAGACAACAAGGAAGAUCUGGAGGAAAAAGAUGAAGCAGAAACCAAGGAUGAAUAUGAAAAUUCAGAUGAAAAAAAUCAACAAGAUGAGAUGAUUGAAGAGAACCACGAUGAUGAAGCGAAGACUGUAGAUGAUCCUGAAAAAGCGGAGGAGAAGGAGGGAUGCAUGUCUGAAAACACCACAGAAGAAGAUGCAUUAGCAACCAAUGAAGGAAAAGGUGAAAGGCCAGAUGAAGGUGGCGAAAAAGUGGAAGAUGAGACGAAAGAGGCCGACGAGUCCAGUGAUCAAAGCAGAGGAGGAGCAGCAGCUGCUGCUGCUGCUGAGGAACAAGAGGAGGAAGUUGAUGCACAACAGAAAACCGAGGUCACAGAAGGAAGGCAGGAGCAGAUAAAUAGUAAAGAGCAGAGGUCCAGCAGUGCUAACAGCGAUAAGACCCAGGAAAAUAAAAACGAUGGAAGCCUCGAAUGUUCUGGGGUUGAGGAAGAGCACGAAAGAAAUCAAGAUGAAGAUAAGCAGGAGCUGAGCAGUGGUGACAGAGAGGAACGCAGUAAUGACCACGUUAACGAUGUAAACACAGGGGAGCAGAAAGAGAUAAAAAACAGCAAUGAUCCGGAAAGGCCUCAGUCAGCGAAGGAGAGUAAAAAUGAUGCAAGCGGCAUCGUCAACGGUAACCAAGAUGAAGCUAGCCAAGAGUCGGAAGAAUCACAGGAGGGCAAAGUAAAUGGAGAGGUGGCUUCAAAUGAUGAUGAGGUGGAACGUGAAGCACAGCUGGACAGGAAGAAUUCAGCCGCAACGAUGAGUCAAUGAAGAAGCAGAUUUUAGUGCAGAAAAAAAGCAGCAAAUGAGAAAACUGAAGAGGAUAAAAAAAAAAGUUACAGCAGGAGAAGGGCUGUGAAUAUUACG